AUGACGUCCCUUACCCCUCGUCCUCCCUACACGGACGAUGAACUCAAGGCGCUAUACCCUCCUAACCUCGAGCUACAACUUGUACAAAUUCUGUUGCGGCAUGGCGAGCGCUCCCCCGUCUCAGCUCGUUUCCAGAACGCCGGUCUGCCUGCUUUCUGGCCCUAUUGCAAGGCCGUACGGCAAUUGAAGUCCGCCGUGCUCGACCGUCACACAGAACAGUUCUCGACUUUUGAAUGGAAACGCCGUCUCGAAGCGUUUGGUCCCAACGAUGAACCGGUGCUAGCCGCUGGUCCCGCCGGCGAGAUUGACGCCGUUUGUGAUAUGGGCAUGUUGACCGACCGCGGUCGAGAGACCACAUUCGACCUCGGUACACGCCUCCGCGGCCUUUACGUCGACCGUCUACGUUUCUUACCCCCAGUUCUCCUCAAUGCCGACGCCUUGUACCUACGUGCUACGCCCAUCCCUCGAGCCCUAGACUCGGUCCAGGAGACCUUCACUGGCCUGUACCCAGCACAUACCCGCGCCCCUGCAUUCCCCGCUCCAGCGAUCCUAACGCGCGCUCCCGGCGACGAGACCCUAUUCCCUAAUGACAGCAAUUGUCGACGAUUUGCAGCCUUAUCACGAGCAUUCGCAAGACGAACCGCUGAACGAUGGAACAAUACUGAAGAGAUGGCUUACUUGACAAAACUAUACGGCAAGUGGAUGCCGGAAGAUUCACCACGGGUCGCAGUGGAUUCUCGUCCACGAUUAAGUGGUAUUAUGGAUACUAUCAAUUCUACACUAGCGCACGGUCCGGAGACGAGACUUCCACCCGAAUUCUACGAUCCGAAGGGACGUGAGAUUAUAGAGAAGAUCGGCGUUGAGGAGUGGUUUUCGGGAUACAAAGAAAGUCGAGAGUACAGAGCGCUCGGAAUCGGUGGAUUACUGGGCGAUAUCGUGGGGCGAAUGGUAGGUAGUGCCGAGCGUUCGACAGCCGACGGCGAGUACGAAGUCGCGAGGAAACUAAAAAGCGGCGCAAUAAAAGAUGGCAGGGGCGCAACACCAAUUCGAUUUGGGCUCAGCGGAUGUCACGAUACGACUCUCGCCGGUGUGCUAGCUAGCUUAGGCGCAUAUGAAACUGGCAAGUGGCCGCCCUACACGAGUCACAUCGCCAUCGAGCUAUUCCGAAAAGCUGGGAAUAACUCUGACGACUCUGAACCCCGGAAUAUUUCUAGUAAUCCUAGCACCGCAUCUAGUGGGUUGUACAACUGGUUAGCAUGGACUUCUCGCGCGAAACCUGGCAAGCCGCCUCCAGGUACGAUAGGUCGCAAACGUACCGAAGAGUUGUCGGCCCGGGAGAAAGCGACGCUAGAUGGCUACUAUGUGCGACUAAGAUAUAACGAUGAGGUCGUUACGGUACCGGGCUGCAAGGCUCCGGGUAAGCACCUUGAGGGGGAUGAAAGUUUCUGCACACUGGAUGCCUUCAAAGCUAUCGUCGACAAAUUCGUGCCGCAGAAUUGGAAGCAGGAAUGCAGAGGUAACAUCAAGGGUCCCGCGUUUCCGUCCAAGCCCGAGCCGGCCGGCUACUAAUCAGAAUAUGAAAUCUUCGAAAUAGAUAAACGAAGAUAAAGUAGUAUCUACGGCCAGGCAUAUGAGUGAGAUUUAAUACGUAUAAGCAAGCCGAGAUAUUUGAGUUACGAGCGAUUGAGCAUGAGU